CUACGUAUUUAUUAACUAGCCGUAGAUUACUAAUAGUUUACUAACAAGGUUUAGUUUUAACAUUUAGAACUCGUGUAUUUGUUAAUAAUGUAAAGUAGUCGGCUUUGCUUGUUGUGCUGCUGAAAACAAACUAGUUUAAGUUAAGUUAUUAUGUUUUACUCAACGGAGAUGCUAGCAGAAUAACAGUAUCUGUAAACUCAAGCAGCAAGUAGGUGGAUUUGUGACCGGUUUUCUUUUUGUUAAAAAAGCGGAGUUAAUAUAUUUUUUACUGUAGACGCGGUUCCCAGAAUGUUCCCUUUAGACUCUCCGUGGAACAUCUCCUUCGCAGGCUGCGGCUUCUUGGGGAUCUACCACGUCGGUGUGGCCAGCUGCCUGCAGGAGCAGGCUCCUUUCCUGGUCCAGAACGCCAGGCACAUCUAUGGAGCAUCUGCUGGAGCUCUCACCGCCACUGCUUUGGUCACUGAAGUCUGUCUGGGGGAGGUUGGUGCGAACAUCAUUGAUGUUGCCAAAGAGGCGAGGAAGAGAUUCCUCGGACCCAUGCAUCCUUCCUUCAACCUGGUGAAGAUCGUGCGCCACAUGUUGCGGCGCACACUGCCAGCUGAUUGUCACCACCGGGCGAGCGGCCGACUGGGCAUCUCUCUCACCCGAGUCACAGACAGAGAAAACGUGCUGGUGUCCCACUUCGACAACAAGGAGGAGGUGGUGCAGGCAUGUGUCUGCAGUGCCUACAUCCCCGUGUAUUGCGGCCUCAUUCCUCCCACAUUUCAAGGAGUGCGAUACGUUGACGGCGGAAUCUCAGACAACCUGCCUCAGUACGAGCUGAARAACACCAUCACGGUGUCCCCCUUCUCCGGAGAGAGCGACAUCUGCCCGCGRGACACCUCCACCAACAUCCACGAGCUGCGCUUCACCAACACCAGCAUCCAGUUCACCCUCACCAACCUGUACCGGGUCUCCAGGGCCCUGUUCCCUCCGGAUCCGAUGGUCAUGAAGGCCAUGUGUAAGCAGGGUUACAAAGAUGCUCUGCACUUUUUAAAAAGGAACGGUUUGCUUAAUUUCAAUGGGCCUCAAAGAGACAGACCCCUGCUGACCAACAGAGAGGAAAAGGAGGCUGCCAAUGAAGAGCAAGAUGAUGAAGAUAAAGAUAAGCUGCAGGUGCAAGCGAAAGCAGUGAUGGUGUUUUCCAGCUCUUCACUGGACGAGCACAUCAUCGAGUAUCUUCCACCCACGCUUCACAAAGCUCUCAUCGAGGCCUGCAUGGAGAGGCGGAGCCUGGUGCAGUCGCUAGGCAACCUGCUUCCUGUCCGGAUGGCCUCAGCCAUGAUGCUGCCCUACACUCUCCCUCUGGAGUCUGCCAUGUCUUUGACCCUCAGACUUCUGGAGUGGCUGCCAGAUGUGCAGGAGGAUGUGGGAUGGAUUCGAGAGCAGAUAUUGAAAAUCCUCCAGUGUGUUCUCCGUCAGGCCUCCAAAAGCUUUUCCCAGCAUGUUUCUGCCAGGUUGUUCUGCCAGCUGGAGCUGCGCCACUACAGGUCCCUCCCACCCAGAUCCAGCUCCACCAGCCUGCUUCCCACCUGGGUGAACAGGAGCGGCUCCUCGGUCCAGGAUGUCUUCGAGCGUCUCGACCACUACAAGAGGCAGCUGCUGUCCGGAGUCCUCUGCAUCAAUAUGGACCUGCGAGGCUCCUUCAACACCGGCGUCUCGUCACCAGACAACAGCCGCCCGUUCAGCUUCUUUCAGCAGGACUUCCCCGCGCGCAGUGAUUGUUUUAACGUCCCACGAGAUGGCAAACCUGGUAAACCUCUGAGCAGAUCUAAGAGCUUCUGGUAGGCUUCUACUGCAAGCAUAUUAGAUCCAGAGAUAUUGCAGCUGAAUCAGAUUUUAGGAUCUGUUUUCUCUCAUGUUUUUGGACCAAACGCCUGUCUCUGACAAUCUGUCAGUCUGGAGUACAUCUACAUAAGUACGCUUAGACUUGAGAUAACAUGAUUUAAAAAAAAAAAAAAAAAAAGCAAGUAUUUAGGAUGUUAGUGGAACACAGUCAAAGUGAGAGAGAAGAAGUGUUUUUUCCUGCCUUAAGCUGCUUCUGGAUCACAGGAAACAGGACAAAAAGGGAAAAAAAAAAACCUUGGAGUUGGUUUGUUACAAGGCAGUGCUCCAUUUUAAAAAUGCAAGUGUAAAUGCACUACAGUGAAACAAAUAUCACUUUUUGUCUGUUUCUGUGUGCGUAUCAAUGCUAAUGUCUGAACAAUUAUUUUACCAGAAAGUAUUAUCCCCUUAAUUUACAGGUAAAUUAUAACUCAUUUUGAAUGUAGUUGUAAUUGUUUUUAAUUGCUGCUUAGAAAUGAUUUUUUGAAAUGUAGUUGAUUUUACAUUACGUGUGAUUUUUGACUAGUCAGAGAAUCAGUUUCAUUUGAAUGUAUUUGACUGAAUUUGCACUUUGUCUCCUGUAUAAGUUUAGCUCUUUAAAUACUUAUGUACUGGCUGUACUAUACAUUAAAAAUGUGACUUUUUAAUGCUUGUGAAUAAAAGUUGAAAGAAAUGA